GUUGAAACAAGUUUCUGUCGAAAGGCUACGGAAACCCUGCAGGAAGAAGGUGUUGCUGUUCUGACUGGGAAGCCUGGAAACGGAAAAACAAGCGCUGCCGUGCACAUCAUGCUGAGUCCUUCAUACGAAAAGUGGGUUAAGCAAAAGUUUACGUCAUGGUCCUACUUUAAAUUAGUAGAUGCAGCAAAAGAUACACUUGUUUUUAUAGACAAUAUCUAUGAUGGUACAUUGUAACAUGUAUAGUCAUGAACUUGAUAAAUGGUGGGAUACUUUUAGUAAUGUCGUUAGUGAAUCUCGGAAGAAAUCUAAGGGAAAAGUAAGAAUAUUAAUUACAGCAAAGGAAAACGUGAUAGACAAAGCAUGCCAAUACAUGCGAAGAAGAACUUCAGUAUUUCGUGAGAAGUUCUUCAUUCGAACAGAAAAAUUUGAAUUAUCCAGUGAAGAAAAGGAAGCUAUUCUAGAUAAACAAAUUGAAUAUGCAAAAACUGUUGAAGGUCUUGAUCCUCCAAAGAUAGACCCUGACUUUAUAAGAAAAUUGAAAAAUUUAAAAAGUGUCAUUGGUUUUCCUCUCUGUGCUCAUUUGUAUGCAUGCGUAAAAGAUUAUAGGGAUUCUGGUAUACAUUUUUUUCAAGAACCAAUACAAUACAUUAGGAGGCAAAUCAAAUAUGAAAUUGAUGUUGAUCGAACUGACAAAGUUAAAUCAUUAUUUCUUGUCAUGUUCCUUCAUCAAAUACAAGUGGACACUGAAGGUGUUUUUGACUCCAUUAGUUUGAAAGAUCCCAAGUAUUGCGUAAGGUUUUUAAAAGAACACUAUCCAGGAUUAAUUGAUGAUUUACAUUUGAGGUCGAAUUCAUUUACCAAACUUUCAGACGUAGCAAAUGAAAUCAUGAAAAUUAACCUUAUUACACCAGUUAGGGAGGGGGUAUUUGCAUUUAAACACCAAACAAUUUGCCAAGCAGUAGGACAUUACUUUUUUACAGAACAUUUUGAUGAAGUCCUGAAAUACUUUCCCGUAAAUGCAUUUGUGUGUGAAGAAUUUGUGUGUAGGGAGGAAAAGGAGUACGAUGAUAUGGCAUCUCGUCUUUAUAGGGAAGUAGAGAAAGGAAACCAUUCAAAAGUAUUCUCUUGUAGGGUUUUCAUGAAUCGUGCAUUUGGGGAGCACUUUUGUAGUAUAAUAGAGAAUUCCAAAAACGUGAGGAGAUUUUUGUUAGUUCCAGGAGACCAUUCUCUUCCAAUAACAUUUUGGGUGAGGAAAAAUCAUUUAUUUCAUUUAUCAGCAUCGAUUCAAAGCAUUAUAGAAAGGCAUGCAAACAAACACAGAGAACUUUACUUUUAUCUUGAACUUUUCGGAGAAUGCUGUGCCGAUGAUGAAAAUUUGCUUAAAAAAACAGACACAACUUCUCUUCUUACACUUGAGGAAGCAAAAACUGCAGUUUUGAAUUACAGAGAUGGCGCAGGAAAAUCCAUUAUUCACAUAAUAGUGUCACUAGAAAUACCCGACAUAGACGUUUCAACUAUCGUUGUUCAUCUACUUCGCGACAUGGAAAAGCAUCCAUUGUACACCUUUCAGCUUAUCUCUAGCAUCCGAGAGGAGUCACUGCUUACAGCUUUGGCAAGCCAUAAUAAAAACAGUCGAGUUUUAACGAUACUAACCUUACUUCAGGGGCUUAAUUCUUUAAAUGUCGAAGGAUAUUUACUAAUCUUCAACACAGUGUCGGUAUUUUCGUCUUAUGAAUAUCACAGUAUGAUAGAGCUAGAGGUUUUGCUAAGGACAUGUAUUAUUUUAAUAUACUGCAAUUGUGAAUCCAUGGAAAAUCGUGAUAAAGCAGUAAUCACUUGCAAAAACAUGAAGUAUCAGAAGGUUACAGACUUAUUAUCAAUUGAUUCAAAACAGGAAACUAAAAUGUCUGCAAGCAUUGAUAAAUUUGUUGACAAAAUAUGCACAGAAAAGUGUGCGGUAAAUUUCAGCGUUCCAAACCCCAUGAAUUUACUGUCUUCAGAUAUGAUGGCAUCGAUUCGAAAAUGCAUACAACUUCUUGGAAAGGUUUAUUUUAAGGAAAUUAAUUUCUAA